AGUUAGGUUAGUUGUCAAAGUCAAAGUGUGAUUGCACUUAUUUUUUCCCAAAAAGUGAAUGUAUUUGUGAGUAAGUGCAUGUGUUGUAGUCGUCACCAAAAGCAAAAGUAUAUUCCCACGGCGUAAAACAUGCGAUAGGUUAGACGUACUGCUGUCGGCUUUAUUUUUUUACGAUUAGUUGAAUAGAAAAUAACUAAAACAUGUUAACAACAGAUGAUUUUUUACUGGACGAUUAUGUAUUCAAGAGUUCUCCAGAGUCUUGUAGUGACCACUCCAGUUCUACAGAUUUUAUGGAGGUUACUUCUGAUGAGGACUUUCUUACACAACUAUCGGCAGAUUUAGACAUACCUCUUUUACUGAACCAAGGUGAAGACGAGCUGAGUAUGUUAAAUUCACUACUCUUCGACAAAAGUCCAGAAGAGAUUUUAUCAGAAACAGCUUCUCCGCCUUAUAUUCCGGAAGAUGACUUUCCUAAAGAAGUUUCGGAGCUGCAAAAAAUGGAUUUUUCACAAUGUGGUCCUGAGUCAUUUCCCAAUCUUCAUUCUGAUGUUAAAAUAGAACCUGCUGAUAGUCCCAGAUCGAGUAAGUCGGCUUCGCCAGUGUCUUUAGAACAUGUAAAAGAUGAAGUUAUUAUAAAGACCCCACCUGCCUCUCCGGUCAUUAUAAACGCAGUAAAAGAAGUGCCCAACAACGUGAUAUUUGCUCAGCCAGUAAAACUGUUAUCGCAGUCACAUAAUUUACCUCAAAAACAUAUCCCUAUCGUUCCGAAAGCUCACUAUUCGUUACCAGUCUCAAAAAACAAUGUAGUAGUUAUUAACACCGACUUAAAACCUGUAGUGAAACAACGCAACAUGGUCUUAGUCGAAAACGUGAAUGUAACUACUGUCCCACAGAUACCUGUGCCUAACGUGCCAGUAAAUACUGUCACUAACCUUAAUAAGCCUGUGACGGUGCCUUCAGUAGUGAUAGAUAGAGCUAACAAUUUUUCCUUGAAUGGACGAAGCAUUGAUCCCAAAAUACUGAAGAGACAGCAAAGAAAAAUUAAGAAUAGAGAAUCGGCUAGUUUGUCAAGAAAGAAGAAGAAAGAUUAUGUCACUUCCCUGGAAGAACAAGUUAAAGAACUAAGUGCAGAGAAUAAGAGACUACAAGCAGAAAAUAUUCAGCUAAAAGAAACAUUGAUACAGUAUGAAGUAAACCCGAUUAGUAAAGGAAGUAGAAACGUGAAACCCAGUGUAUAUUUGUAUAUAUGUUUGUUAGUUAUAGGCGUAAAUUUAAAUUUUGUUAGGAACCCUUUUAGUACAAAAACAGAAGUUGAGUUAGUUCGUUCUAAUAUACCUAGGUUAACAGACCACCACGGAAGAGGUUUGUUAUGGACAGAAGAAAACGAUGCAAACGAGAACAAAACCUCUCCCUUUUCACCGUUUUUUAUGUGUCCUGCCACGAUAAACCAGACAGAAAGUGCUAGAUUAGUUUUAGAACUAGAAAGGUGGAUAGGUAAACCAGCCGAUCUUUCAACAAAAGUUACUUUAGAUUUAAAUGCAUCAGUUCCUAUAAACUCAACAGGGAAUACAAAGAAAGCACGCCCUAAGAGGAAGAAGAAAUACAGGCUAGAUAGCUCUUUAACGUCUUACAAAAGGUAUAAACAUUACCGACACGAUGACGAUUCGCCUAAAAAUGAAAUUCAGGUGUUUUCUGUAAGACCCGAACAGCUAUAUUCAGAUUUCUUCGAGGCGAUUAACAGACAAGAUGAUACGUUUUACGUAGUGUCGUUCACGGAUCAACAUAUGCUUUUACCUGCGCUACAUCACAACAAAACAAGGAGACCAAAAAUGUCGUUAAUAAUGCCAUCUAUGUUACCAAAUAAAACAAGAUCCCAAUCGUCAUUAAUCCCACUCAUGCAGAUUGACUGUGAGGUUCUAGACACCAGGUGGAUCCACGUAAAACACGGGGUGAUCCCUCCAAGGUUCAAGAUGCAUAGUAAUACCACCCAAACGGAACCUGAUGAUAGUAAAGCAUCCGUGAGUGACGCCAACGCGACGAAUCAAGAAUAUUACGACAAAUCGUACAAACCGUAUUUCAUGAAACCGAAGGAGGGAAUUUUCACAUUAAAUUGAAGUCCAAUAAUCCACAUAUAUAAAUGUGGAAUGGUGGAUUGAACAGGUUAAAGUUAAAAUGCAAUUUAGAAAAAAAAACUGAGUUAAAGGUUAACUAUACUAAAUUUACAAUCAAGAUGCAGUAGAAAUAAACAAACCAAGACACUUUAAAUGUUACUAGGAGCACUCCCGGAUCAUAAUUUACAAUGUAUUGUUAUGAUCUGCUUUCUAUUACUUUUAUUUUAAUUAGUAUUUAUUUAAUUAAUUAUUGAAUUGACGCAAAUCAUACAAAAUAAAUUAAUAAAAAUCUCAGGAAGCCUUUUUGUCAUAAAAAAAUUAACUAAAUUUAUCUUAGGUUAUACUUAUCCUUUCUCGUGGCUUCAGUGUCUCUUAGUUGAUCCUUACCGGGAUAAAAUAGGAAACGGAAAUAAAUAGAAAAAUCAUAAAUAAGCACAUACAAAUACCUUUAUUAUCAAAAGCAAUGCUCUGAAAAUCUAUCAAUUAAAUCCUGUGGGCAUAAUUGUCCAAAUGAAACUUUUACCAUAUAAUUAAUCUAAUUUAAACAAAUAUUUAUCGCUUUGUUCCUGAUACCAUUUAUAAAAUAAGCUAAACAAACAAAUUUAGGUAUUUGCAAAACUACUUAUACUUCCUAUUAAAUUAUUAAAUGUUGGAACCUUAAUUCAUAUGCUUUUACGCAAAUAUAUUAACUUCUGAUUAUAAAGAACAUCUAUCACAUAAGUUAUUGAUUGACCUUUUUGAUUCACACACAAUGAUGUCUCUUCUUGACCCAAACAGCUCUUCCUUGUUGAUUAUGUUAGGCUACCAAUCAAAGCCCUCUCCGUUCUCAGCAUCAAUCCAGCAGCAUACCAGCAACUAUUUCUCCAAAACACAAGCCAGGCCGCUUUUGACCAGUACUCAUUCAAUAACUCCAAAACUCUCUCCUCUCUUUCUCUCAAUAAUAAUCUCCUGAGACCCAAGUAUCUUUUUUACUUGGUGUCACAAAUAAUUUUAAUAACUAUAAAUCUUGUAACUUACUCUCUUGGACUUUACAGAAUCAAAGAGGUAUUUCUUCUCGAUUUGAUUUGUCUCUCGUUCCACUUUUCAGCUACUCUCCACUAACAAACAAAACCACUAGUACUUGCUUCUGAACUAUCCGCGAAAACUUUUCUGCCUUUCUCGGAUGCCGACCACACAAUCCUGUUUCUUUUCCAAACUGUCUCAACAUUCAAACUUCCCUUUCCCCAUUCCAAAUUGCCAAACCAAUCAGAAACAUUUCUCUUUCCACAUUCCUCUUUUUCAUUCGAAAAACCAGGCAUUCUUUCAAAACAAUACUUCUACUCAUCCUAAUCACUUUCCGGAAAUUAUACAAAUACUCUUGUGCUUAAAACAAACAGACUUAAAAUUCCAAAUCUCUCUACCUUUAUUUUCCUAAAAACUAAUAAUUACAGCUACCUGUGGAUCUUACCUUUCCCGUAACAAACAAUCUUUUUAAAUUAUAAUCCGAAAUAAAUUGUAUUUUCACUUCACUUUGUUUACAAAUGUCUUUAAGUCUUCAGGGAAAAACUCAUUAAGGAAAGACCCACUGCGUAAAAGCUACCUUCUACUAAAUAGUUACAAAUCAAUAUACAGGGUGUAUCAAAUUUAUGUGCCCGCGUUAUAUUAAAAAAUUAAAAUUUUUACUCUAUCUUUGAUUGAUAAAGUGAUACAUGAUAGUAUAUACAUUGUAAAUCCCAAAUCAUGAUUUCCAAAGUUUAUUUUUAUAUAUAAUUAUAUAUAUAAAUAUAUAAAGAUUUCCAUUGUAAAUUAUGAUUCGGGCGUGCUCCUAGUAGCAUUUAACGUGUCUUGGUUUGUUUAUUUCUACUGCAUCUUGAUUGUAAAUUUAGUAUAAACUAAAGUACAUAGAAAUUGGCCCACUUUAAACUUUUCACUUGAACUAUAUUUUUUUAUAAACUGUUUAUUACUCAAAUCAAAAAAAGGGAUAUACUGUUUGAAACAUAAUUUAAUAUGCUUUAAUUGUGAGUAUACAUUUAUGAAAAUUUAUUUCGAUUUCUUAUGUUUAACAUUGUAAAAUUAAUGCAUCAAGCAAAUUAAAUUUUUUAUUGCUUACAGAAAAAGGAUAUUAGACAAUAAAAAUUUAACAAUUAAUGUUUUAAUAAUGGGGAUGACUUCCUCUUGCAUUGAUAACUUCUCGUAUACGAUUAGGCACAGUGGUGUCAUGGCAAAAUUAGCAGUGUGGGAACGCAGUGCCCGAACGCACUGCUAAUUUUUGUUUACAAAACCUAAAUUAUCUAUUAUUUUUUUUCUUUUCUUAACCAGUGCGGGAACGGCGUUCCCACGCGUUCCCACACCAUGACACCACUGAUUAGGCAUAUAUCUAAUCAAGUUCGCUAUUAUUUCUUGUGGGAUUUUGAGCCACCCUUCUACUGCGACAGCAGGGGCGUCAUUUGAUAGGGGGCUUUGGGGAUUUGAUCAAGGGGCAUUUGCCCAUCAAUUUUCAUCAUUACAUUAUAUAUAAUAUAUUGUAUAUAUAAUGCUUGCCCCUCCCCAAUCAAAAUUUCAAAUGACGCCCCUGUGCGACACUAAGCUCUGGGAUCGAAUUUGGGGUAUGAAGUCCAACUCAAAUUCUUUGUAUUAGUUCAUCCCAUAAAUGUUCUAGAGACUGAGGUCUGGGUUGCACGCUGGCCAUUCCAAGACCCGAAAACCGACUUCGGUAAUGUAAUCUUUCACUUGAGGUAUGCGGCCUUGCAUUGUCCUACAUAAAAAUAAAUUCGUCUCCAAUCUAGUCAACAUAAGAUACCACAAACAUUGCCAAAAUUUCCUCGAUGUAUCUAGCACCCGUUAACCAUCCUCGUAGUCUAGGCAGAUUAUCGGAGAAUAGGCCAUUUUUGGGAAAAGUUAUUUACCAGCAAUUUUAUUGCUGGAAUCGAAUCUUAUGAUUGUAUAUAUUAAUAAUAUAGGUAUGCAAAGUCCGCAGAUAGUGUGCUACUUUUUUUAUAAACAAAAUGGCGCCCGAAAAUCGUGUUUUUUCAAAUUUUGCUCUAUAACUCCAAAGAUUUUAAAUUUACACCAAAAACACCCAAAUAAAAAUUCACCGUAAUUAAAUUCUGCAUAUAGACGUGUUUUUCCCGAUUUACUUUGACGAAAAUUUUCCCCGGAAAAUGCCGUUUUUUCCAACAAAAUCUUUAAAAUUCAACUAAAAGUUUAGAUAAGUAAUUGUUUAUCAAUAAUUAAAUAACUUGGUGGCAUAAAAGCUCUUUUCGUAUAGAUUAUAAUUCCAGAAGACAAUGGAAACUGAAUGAACAGUUUAGCAACAAUUGAAUUGUUAAUUAAAAAUUUACGGUCGCUAUAAUAACCACAAUAAUUAUAAUACAUAAGAAUAACUAUGAUUUUUGUAUAAAAAGUCACUGUACGUACCUAUCUAAUGUACUUUACAGAAUUGAAAUUGGACUAUUUAAACGGCCUCGGGAAUAUUUUAAAAUUAUAAACAAUUUUUUGGCUUAUAAACAAAUAGAAUAUCUCGGGAAAUAUUAAAUUAAAUUAAAUCAUGAAAACGGUAUUGGAAAAAAGCGGUAGGACGCUUCUUUUAAGAGAAAAAACAUUUAAUUGUGAUGAGUGGUUCCUGAGAUACAACCGGUCAAAGUUGACCGGCAUUUACGGCAAAGAUAUAAACAAUAGGAUCAUAAUUUUCGAACCAUCACCUUUUUAUUUUUAUCCUCUUUCUUCACACCAAUUUUCAUAUCUUUAAAAUAAUGAUAACAUAUAUUAUUAUAAAAAAAACUAUCGAUAUUACGAGUGAAAAUUGCCAAAAAUAGCAAAAUUCCAAUCAAAAAUUAGGUUGGAGAAAAUGUAAUCUCAAAGUUUAAAAUCGGUAUACGUUAAAAAAUGCAUGCUUCCCAUGGAGAAAUUUUCUUCAUUCUUUUUUUGUUCCCAAGUACCUAACUCGAGUAAAGCCAUAUAACUAACGCAUUUUUAAAUGCCAAACUUACUUUUGUUUUGUUAUAAUAAAUUAAUUCAUUGAUUAUAACAAAAAUUUUUAAUUUGUUUAAAUAAAGAUUGUUUAAAUAAUUAUACAGCUUUCAAAUGAGAAUAUUUGUGUUUUUAACGGUAAAAGGUAUACUUGUAGUAAGUUUACCUAAAAAAAUCUACAACUGGAAAAAAUAUGUAGUUUUCUGUUCUUAUAAAUAAAUUAAUCUAUUAUAAAAAAAAGAAUGUGUUCUUAAAAAAAUAUAUGGUUAGGGAUACAUUUCGUUUCGUAAAACCGUGCCCUUCUUAGCAUCUGGUUUGUAUAUUAAAUGCGAAUUUUAUAUGAUCCAUAUUAUUUCGUUUUGAGAAAAGUUAUUAAAAAUUAAAAUUAGCAAAAAUAGUAAUUAAAGCGUGUCGCCACAUUAAGAUGCAAGUAUUUUUUGAUGCAAGUAAUUAGUUUUAGAAAUAAAUAUAGCUCAAAUCAAGUUUAAUUAAAGGGGGGCGAUUUCUAUGCACGCAAGUUUAUUUUGUUUUAAAUUUUUGCUGUUGUAAGAUAAUAACCAAAGGACUAACUGAUUUCGAAAAAUUCAGGCAAUUAUUUUUACCUCAGUUUUUAUAUCAUUCGAUCUCACAUUAUUUUUAGGUUUGUUUUUCAUUCGGAAAAAUUUAAUAAGAAUGUUGAAAGGUAGAUAUAUAUGAUCUAAAACCAAUGCUGGGCAUCUGGAACGAUAGAUCUAUUCAGUACCAAUUCGCCAUUUUAUUUCAACUUUUAAUUAUUUAAAUACAUGUUUACAUAUCUUCGAUUAUAACCUAAGAGGACAUUUUAAUUAGGUUUUCCAUUAUUAAAAUUUGCUCAUAAUUUGUUCUCUCUUUUUGCCUUAAUAUGUAAUUAUCAUGUGGUAGCUAUUUUUUGGGAAUUUUUUAUUUUAAUUAUUUAUUCAUCUCUGUACAAGAAAUCUUUAGCAUUUUACUAUUUUAUUUGGGAAAUAAGCCACAAUUUAUUGCUAUUACUUCCAAAAAAGUAGUUCCACGAACGCAGCUCAUAAAUAUUGGCAAUAUCAUUUUAAAGUUGUCUACUUUAAAAUGUAUAAUAUAUGUCUCAAUUGUCAAUUUGAAUGAGUCAGAUAAAAUUAAAUUAAUAAAAGAAUUUUUUACCAAGCAACAAAAACAAAAUUUGUUUAAUUCAUUAUGUUUUGUAUUUUGAUAACAAUUUCCGAAGUGGAAGUCGAAAUGUCCAAUAAAUUUAAUUUCAAACUUAAAUUGUGGCUUAUUUCCUUUCCCAAAUAAAAUAGUAAAUUGUAUAAAAUCCCACAAGGAAAUAGCUUCAGAACAAUAUGUUGUUUCACGCAUUUUGAUCUGUUCUGCUAUUUAUGCUCCAAAUAGGAUUAGCUGAGACAGUAUAUAUAGUGAUAGUCUGCUGAUUUUGUCACUUGAAACACGCAUCAAAUAGUUUGAACACCCUGUUUGUCUAUCACAUAUUUGUUGAGAAAUAUUCUUGUGAAAUGAGAUGGUUUCCUGAUCAAUAAAAUUAAUUGUUGUGUUGUAAAUGUUAGACCAUUAUUACAUCAGUAUUUGAUUUUGAAUAUACACACGUUGAAAUAGUAAUUCUUUAAAAAUUGUCUGCGUCUUUAAUAGUUUCACGAUAUGAUGUCAUCGAUUCUUAAUUUAAAUGCAUCAAUUAUUGUGCUUGCGCAUAUUACUUCAUAAUUUUCAAAUCAAAAUAUUCCGAAAACAGUAUCGAGUUUUACCAAGAGUACCUUUUUGGUGUAAAAGUGUUUGAUGUUUAAGUUCAAUUUUAAAGUUUGAUUAAUUCUACCCUUAAAAAGUUAUGUUGAAUAAUACUUGGUACGAACCAUGUAACUAGCGCCCUCUAUGAGAGUCAGAUAUAAAAACAAAUUCAUGGUAUGUAUUAGCUAUAAAAAUUUUUUACUAAGCAAACCCCAAUUAUUUUUCAGUUUUUUACCUCUCCAGAGACGGUGUUACCUUUUUUUUAAACAUCCCAUAUAUCCAAAAAUAUAUCUACCUAUACUCUGUCCCACUUUGACUUUACAGUAUAAGGAACAUUUUUAGGAACAUUACGUAAAGCAGUUUUUAGCGCGGUGAUGCCGAUUUUAUCGAAAAGAAUUUGUAAUCGAACAUUACAGAGAUUAAAUUAAAACUGUUUUAGAAAGGCAAUCUGCAAUUUUAGGAUUCAUAUGCGUAAUAACUAUAGUAUAUCAAAUAAACUUAAACGCAUAUGAAUCCUAAAAUUGUAGAUUGCCUUUCUAAAACAGUUUUAAUUUAAUCUCUGUAAUGUUCGAUUACAAAUUCUUUUUGAUAAAAUCGGCAUCACCGCGCUAAAAAUGCUCAUAAGUCUGCAUUGCCUAUGUUCCUUAUACUGUAAAGUCAUUGUGGGACGGAGUAUAGACAUCUGGGUGAUGCAUUUAAAAUAUUGAGUAUCGCAACAUAAAAUCUAUUAAAAUCUUGUUUAUAUAGUCUAUUUGUUUAGUUUAUAAAGCUUUAUAAGUUCUAAUAUAUUUAAUUUUCUUAAUUAUUCUACUUAAUUUAAUAAAAAGUACAAAUCUAUUAGUAUAGUACAAUUGAUUUACGGUUUUAUUAUGUAUAUUGGGAUGUAGAUAUGUAGAUAAUAAGCAACAUACUUGCUUAUGUUAGAAUGUUUGUUAAUAAUUCUUUUAAUGCACAAGAAGUGAGAUGUUAUCACGAAUUUUAUCGAUUGGUAAGUUAGGUACAUUUAAGGUAUUGGUAUUAUGAUAUCAAAUAUUAUAAUGUAAAGUACUCAAGAGUAACAAAAUUCUCGUCAUCUACAUUUUAAAUAAGUUUUAGAUCUGUCGGUCUACUUUUGUACACUGAUUUCAGUAGCAAUUUAUUAGCCGCUGAUUUUCUAUAAUCCUGUUAUAGGGCUUUUCAUCCAUUGUCAUUUGUUUCGAGCUUGUGUCGUAUGUUGUAUAAUCUGUGUGUAACAUUAAUAUACACGGAUUAUACGACAUAUGACGGAAGCUCGUAACAAAUGACUGUGACACAGUCAUUUGUUUCGAGCUUCUGUCAUGUGUCACAUAAUAUUAAUAUAUCUACGUUAUACGUUAUUGGUAUCUACCAAUGAUACAAACCAAAGACGUAUGACGUAGAUAUAUUAAUAUUUUGUGACACAUGACAGAAGCUCGAAACAAAUGACAAUCGAUGAAAAGCCCUAUUGCGAAAAGUUGUUAUACGCAUUGAUUCUUAUUAUUCAUGUGCCUCAUCCUUUAUGGACAUUGGUAAUCAUCAUUGUCCAUUUUUUUUCUGUCUGCAGCGGUUCUGAAGAAUUCUAUGGUUGUUUUCCACUGCACUGCUUUAAAAUUUUCAACCAAUUUUUAAUAUGGUAUUCUUAUUCUUUAACAAUAUCGCACAAAUAAUAUUGUUGCUAGACAGAUAAAUUGUCAUUGUAUACCGGGAGUACCAAUCAAACUGUGAUUUUUUCUCAACGUUCGCGUCACCCUGCACUUAUAAAAUACUGAAAUUAAAACCCAACUAUGGCCUUAUGUUUUCUUAACAUUCUGUUAUUUUAUUCAUUCGCUUAUGUUGGAUAAUAAAAAGGUUAGGUACUUUAACAACUAGCCUUGUUUUUAUCAAUACAGGGUGUUUUAAAUAGGUUAAUUCUGCAUAAAAAAAUAAUGACAGUUUGCUUUAUUAACGUAUAUCCGCAAAUGCUUCGUUUCCAAAAUAGGGUGUGUACAGGAUUUAUAUUAGCAUCCAAAAAAUAAGAGUAAUUCAUAUCGAUUUAAUUUUUAAAGUCUCAAACAAAAAUUAUUUACAUAUAUUGUUUACAUUACGUAAAUGGGUGACAUUGCUUCGGCAAUGUAGGCCACUCGUUUUGAAAACAACGGAGUCAGCAAUUAUGUUACUAUCAGUAUUUUUCAUGGUCACAUUCAGGUCUAGUCAAUCAUAACAAAAACAAUUACGAUUUAUUUAUAGAUACGUAGAAAGUAAAGAAAGAGAUUAUUCAUUAUUCAGAAACCGACGUGGUUAGAGUAGAGACAUUAUCCAUCCCGACACCAACUAGUUACUGUCGUACUCUCUCUCUCUCUCUCUUUCUCUCUCUCUCUUGUCGUUUCCCCAUUACUGAGGAUCGUGAUCUCUUCCAAUAUUCCUAACAAUGUUUCUCCAUUGGUCUCUAUCUUCAGCUGCUCUAAGAGCUUCGCAGAAUGCUUUAUUUGUCAGACCUUCUAGUUGGUGAUCGUCCUCUUGAUCUUCUCCCCGGGACGUUUCCAGAAACAAUUAAUCUGUCGUACAUAGUGUUAUAAAUAAAUAUAUUUCGGUAAUUAGUGUUUCAACUAAAUCAACCCCAUCAUCAACAACCCGCAGUACCAAGCUAUGGCGAUUCUGCCAGGAUAAGUUGAAAUUUUUCUGACGAAACUGACGAUUUUUUUAUUGAUCUAAAACCGGUUGAGAUGUACAAAUGACAUUAGGUGGGUUUUAAGAAGUAGUUAUUAUGCAUUUUUUGACAUACAAUUAAGAAUUUUAUUUUCACCAUUGGCGCACGUAAGGGUCAGGGCCGUGCCGUGCUAUGAUGCGGCGAAGCAGUCGCAUCAGGCGGCAUCACAAGUGGGGCGGCAUAAUCAGUAAAAUAAAAAAAUUGUCAGAUUGUGUAAAGAUGUAGUCAGAAACUAUAGAAAAAAUGAAAAGUUACAGACAAUGAGCAAAAUGAAACUUUAAUGAAAUUACAGAAAAUUUUGAUAUAAGUUCCGAAUUUCCAGUUGAAAAUAAAAUUCAGCCAGGAGAAAAAGCUUUUAUUUGACUAGGAAAAUCUGUGGAUGAGCUCUUAACAGAUGAAGCUAAAAAAAUAAAUUUGUUCAUCUAUAUUUUAGAGAUUGCCGUUAAUUCUUUGAUUGAUCGAUUUUCACUUCUAGAAAUUCAUAAAAAUUUUAAACUUUUAUAUAUUUUUAAAUUAAGAGAAAUAUAUGAUGAAACACUAGAAAAAUAUUGUAUGAACCUUCAUUCAAUACUUUUAAUAGAAAAAGAAAAAAAAUCUGAUGAUAUAAUGAUCUUCUAAUAGAAGAACAGUGAUCUAUUUCAACUGAUACCAUACUCCAUGAAACCUUUAGAGGCUUUGAACUAUUUGCACCAAAAUGACCUAAUUUCUUUAUACCCAAAUGUAGUUGUAAACUAAGAAUUUUAUUAACACUCCCUGUCUCGGUAGCUAGUGGGGAAAGAAGUUUUUCAAAAUUAAAAACUAUUAACGAAGCUCCAUAAGACAAACAAAAAUAAAAAAUUUCGCACUUAUUUCAAUAGAGUUCUCACUAAUCCCCACUAGACUACACCCAUUCUGAUUGACGAGUUUGCCAAAAUUAAAGUCAGAAGGGUAAAAUUAUAAUUUUUGUAAAUGUUACUUGAGAGCAUAGGCGCAAAAUUUGCGUGCAUUGCUUUUUAAAUACUUUCACUUUUUUUCGAAUCCUGAAAAAACGAAUAAAUAUUUUUUAAAAAUUUAAACGCAGAUUAAAAGAUAACAUUAUUACCGAGGGCCGAAAGUCCCUUAGGAUAAACAAAAGGUUUCUUUUGAAUAAGAUAUGUGAAAUUAAAAAUAAUACUCAAUUUUCUCUUUUUUUUUUCACCCUUUAACUUAUUCAAAUAAACAUUAGAGAGAUUUGCAGGGACUUUCGGCCCUCGGUAAUAAUGUAAUCUUUUAUUUUGCAUUUAAAUUUUUCAAAAAUAAUAAUUAGUUUUCUCAGGAUUCGAAAAAGAAAUUAAUGCAUUUAAAACGCAUUGCAAGCAAAUUUUGCGCCUACCUACUUUUAAUGUAGUGUUAAUACAUAUGUAUUUCAUAAUGUAAAGUAUGUUUUGUUUUUAAAAUAAAAUGGGCCUGGAUCCCGCGUACCAAAAAUAAGUUGAUUAAUAGCAAGCUGAAAAUUUGUUAAUAGUUUAAUGGUGUCACGGCGGACAAACUUUGAUGUUUAAGAACAGUGGAAUAGGGGAAGUUUUAAUUGUGGAACAGGUUAAAGAUUUGGAACGUCAGACUACGAAAACGUCCCAUGUAUUUUGUCGGACAGAACUUCCAAUUGAUUUGUUACCCUUGCAUUAAACUCUCAUGCAAAAAUCAGACUGGUAUUUAUCACCAACUGGGCAUUUUAAUAAGUCCGACACGUAAAACAUGUCAAAUGAGAGGAAUUAUGACCGGUGAUAAAUAGCAGUCUGAUUUUUUCGUGAGAGAUUAAUGAAGGGGUAACAAAUCAAUUGGAAGUUCUGUCCGACAAAAUACAUGGGACGUUUUCGUAGUCUGACGUUACAAAUUUUUAACCUGUUCCACAGUUAAAACUUCCCCUGUUCCAGUGUUCCCGUACAUCAAAGUUUGUCCUACUAGACACCUUUAAGCUAUUAACAAAUUUUCAGCUUGCUAUUAAUCAACUUUUUUUAAAGUUUUCGUUCAUUUUGUGUAGUUUCUUUUAAUAAAGAUAAAAAUUAAGUUUCACUAAUAUUUAAGGGGCGGCAUUUCGAAGACUUGCAUCAUAUUGAAAAAAUGUACCGCACGGCUCUGGUAAGGGUCAUAUUACCCGUAUGCGCUCCAAUGGUGAAUAUCAAAUUCCUAAUUGUAUAUCAAAAAGUGAGCAAUAACUACCUCUUAAAACUCACCAAAUUUCAUUUGCAUAUUUUAACCGAGCAAUAAAUAAAUCGUCAGUUUGUAAGAAAAAUUUCAACAACCCUUAUCUCGGAAACGAAGCAUUUGCGGACAUACGUUAAUAAAGCAAACUGUCAUUAUUUUUUCAUUCAGAAUUACCCCUUAAAGUUUGCCUUACUUAUGUAAAAACACCCUGUAUUGAUACAAACAAGGCUAGUUGUUUAAGGGGGGGGGUAUGGUUUGAAAUAUUUAAUUUUUUUAUUAUUUCAAAUAAAAGUGCAUACUUUCAAGAAUACUCUCUGAAAAUUUCAAAAUAAUUGGAGUAAAAUUACCGGAGAUGCAGGGUGUUGAAUAUCCCUACCUUCGAUUCGCUUUGCCGCGGCUUCGCUUCAGCACGCUUGAGCGUAGUGAGAAACGUUAAACAACUGUUCGCCUUCUCUUUUGUAGAUUACUCCGCAAUUCAAAAAACAUAUUCCAAUGUUCAUCACUUUACGAUUUGGCAGACAAAUAAGAAGAUGAAGAUGCAGUUGUCAAAACUUUAAACGCAUUUUUCUCAAAACUGCUUUUUCAAAUACGGUGGACAUUGUAACUGAAAAACUACUUGACCAAUCUACCUGAAAUUUUGCAUAGAUUUUCUUUAGACAUUUGGCGAGGUAACAACGUCGAGAUAUUUUUCGUUUUGUGCUUAGUUUUUGUUCAGCAAUAUUAAAUCUGUUGGUUUUCACAAAAUUUUUAUCAAAAAUUUCGUAUUUUUGACUUCUGAGUGAUACCAAAAAUUCAAAAAUCAGUAAAAAUAAAAAAACUCGACGUUGUUACCUCGUGAAACUCAUAAGCUAAUUAAAUCUUUUUGAAUUUUUUGUUUCGUAUGAUCCAGUGAUGAGUUCUGAUGUCCACCGCAAAAUCCAUUUUUUUGUGAGCUGCCUGUCAAAAUUUGUCGCCAAUGGCUUAUUUUUCAAUAUUUUGGAUUAAAUUUUUCCUUAAAUAUUCUUUGAAUUGUACUUAAUAUAUUUAUUUAAUUUAAAAAUAAAAUAAUUCUACCAUAGCGUCGAAAAAAAUUCACAAAAAUGUGCUUGAUAUGUUGAUUUCAAACCAUACCCCCUCCUUAAGUACCUAACUUUUUUAUUAUCAACAUAGGCGAAUGAAUCAAAAAACAUAAUGUUAAGAAUACCUGAGGCUAUAGUUGGGUUUUAAUAUCAGUAUUUUAUAAAUGCUAGAAUAUUCCACAGGGUGUGGUGAACUUUAAGAAAAAAUCACAGUUUGAUUGGUACACCCGGUAUACAAUGACAAUUUACCUGUGUAGCUACAAUAUUAUUGCAGCUAUAUAGGGCUUUUCAUCGAUUGUCAUUUGUUUCGAGCUUCUGUCAUAUGUCGUAUAAUCCGUGUAUAUUAAUAUAGACAGAUUAUACAACAUAUGACAGAAGCUCGAAACAAAUGACUGUGAAUGAAAUGUCCUAUUGUUAAAGAAUAAGGCUAUAACAUGUUCUAACAAGGUAAAAAUCACUUAAAUCAGACGACAGGUUUAGUAAAUUCGAGACAUUAAAAAUGACCAAUUUUUAAGGUGGUGCGUUAAUUUCUUGGAGAUCAAACUAUGAACUAUUUACUUUUGAGUACUAAUUCAUGUUCAUUCUGGCAUAAUACCAAUAUAUUAUUUUAUAAUUUAAGCAUUUAAAUGUGUGAUUUAACUGACAGCGGGUAUUUUUAACUCUGUAGUACGUCUAAAUUAGACUUAAAACUGGUAGAUUUAUACCUGUGUGAAAAUAUAAUAAGUAUUUUUUGUAUAUUUCGGAUUAUAAUGAUUAUUUUUAUAUUUUUAACAGGUAUGUUUAUAUUAUUGUGUUACGUGAGAAAUUGUUUUUACGUGCACCGUGUUUUUUAUAAGCAAUAAAGGAAGAUACAAACUAAA